UCGACGAGCGUUCAUACGUUCCCACUCUUGAUCAAGCUGCCCUUGCACUUCGUCGAGUAAUUCCUUUUCCCUUGAAUAAGAGGGGUUAAUAAAUUCCCUCUCAAAGUAACGGAGAAGGUUCUCUUUCAUUCUGGCCUUAUCUUCGAAAUCUCCCCUAUCAAGGCUACGAAGAAGGCCAUUUUGCAAUUCCUCAAGUUCAUCAUCGUAGCUAGAAUCAUCCGGCUGAGGAUAGGCGUUCAAAGGUUCCCUCUGCGGGUGACGACGAAAGUACUCUUCAAUUCUGGCGAGUUCUUUGUCGUCGUCGAAAUACUCCGGCAGAGGAUCCGGCUGAGGAUGGGCUCGUCGAUAUCUGGAGUACCGAUAAAUCUGAAAAAUAAUCGAAAAGGUGGCGGUAUGGAAGAACCUCCCAUAAUCAAGAGACAAGGUCAUUUAUGA